CGAUCCUUCACUGGGGCUUUGGUUUCACGGGGUGGUUAUGAGGACGGAACAAAAACUUUAAAGAAUUUGUUUUUGCUGUGCCAUGUCAUACGUAUAGCAUGUCUGCAGACCGUCUUUUGAUUCUGCCUAAAUGAGUGAGAUGGACCUCAGUGCCAACCCACCAUCACCCCCAGAGACUCUCAGGGAGGAUGGUGCAACCCGCAAACAUCUAAACUAUCCUGUUCCCCUGACCAAAUCCAUUCCAGGUACUGACCUCUCUGAGACGGCUGGUCCUACUCUUUCCAGCUCUGACAGUGCUGAUCAACCACCUAAACUGCCCCCUUCUGCAACUCAAGAUACUACAUCAAAACACACUAAAGUUAAAACCUCUGUUCCGCUCAGACCAACACCCGAUAACCCAACAACACCUAAAUCUAUCCCUGAAUCAUUUAAUAUUUCUAAAACUACUCCAGCUAUGCCAGCUCCAACACCAUCAUCAUCAACAUCGCUGACAGGCUUUUCUUCUAAACCCUCUGCAGCACCAUUAAUAUUAUCUUCUCGCAGUGACACAUUAACACCCAACAUCACCAUUUCUGCUGACCAUGUCUCAUCUACACCUCUUCCAGAGGGUUCACAUUGCACCACCACGGCACCUGCAGCGGGCACCAGUAAGCUCCCUCGUCAACGAAGCUUCUUGGCUGCAGCCAAGCAGGUGAUAAUACAGGAGAAAAUAAGAAAGGCUGAUGAGCAGGACAAAGCUGAGGAGUCUGAUGAUGCUGAUGAGGAGCUGCCUUUUGAGGAGCUACUGGAGAAAGCUGAGGCUGGAGACCCCAAAGCACAGAGUAGACUUGGUAAAUAUUACCUUAAACUGGGAGAAGAGAAAGAUGCAGAGGUAAAUAACCAUACAGCUGUUGAAUGGCUGAUGAAGGCAGCAAAGCAAGGACGGAGAGAUGCAGCCAAACUACUUCAGAAGUGCUGGAUCCAACAGAAAGGCAUCACAGCAGAGAAUGCACAAGAGGCAAGAAGGCUCUCCUCAGAGAGUAAGUUUGAACAGGCAGUGAGAAGGGCUGCAAUGACGAUGUACUGGAAACUCAAUCCCGAUAGGAAGAAGAGAGUAGCCAUGUCUGAGAUGCUGGAAAAUGUUAGCCAGGUCAAUGCUGUACCAGGUGAGCCGGCAGUAUGUGGCAUAAUACCCACAGUACAUACUCAAAGGAAAAUCCUGGAAAGCAUGGUGUCUAGCGAGUCUGGCUCUCAGUAUGUGGAUGUGGAAGAUUUUGUGGAGAUGACAAAACAAUUUACAGAAGGCAUUGGGUGCACUCCCACACUGAGCACCUCAGGUGUCGAUCCAAAGAGAGAAGAGGACACAUUAAGGAAAAGUCCUGGUGAUGGAGCCAGAUUUGAUAUGGGAAAAAAUGAAUUGGCUCCGGUCUCUCAUAAGCGCCUACGAAAGUCAAGCUGGGGAAUUGGAGGCAGUGGGAUGAUGCUGGCUACUAGACGCAGUGGUGCAAUGAAGAGAGCCCUGGACAUAAAAGCUCACUUCUUGGGUUUGCAGUACCCUCUCCACAUCAUUAUAGAGAUGAAGGAACAUUUAAUUGACUGGGCAUCUCGUGCUGGUGUCCAGUGGCUGAGCACAAUCAUCCCUACGCAACAUGUCAAUGCCCUUAUUUUCUUUUUCAUCAUCUCCAAUCUCACCAUUGAUCUCUUUGCUUUUGUCAUCCCGCUCUUCAUCUUCUACCUCUCUUUUACCUCCAUGGCCAUCUGCACACUGAGAGUCUUCCAGAGCAGCAAAGGCUGGGACAACUUCCGUGCCUUAACUGCCCUCCUCACACGUUUUGAGCCCAGCCUGGACAUGGAACAAGCGGAGACAAACUUCGGUUGGAAUAACCUGGAGCAGUAUCUCUACUUCAUGAUAUCAGUGUUAUUUGUGAUCUUCACUUUCCCAGUAGCAGAUAAAGGCUGGAUCCCAUGUUCAGAGCUCUCCACAGUGGCCAUCUUCUUCACAGUACUGAGCUACAUGAGUCUGAGCCCAUCUGCGGCAGCAUAUGCACGAAGGGCACUGAUCAUCGAGGUGGCGUCAUCUUUAUGUGCCCUGACCAGCAGGUUGCCCAAGGAGAUGGUGAUGUUCAGGAUGCUGGGGAACACUUUUGCAACCAUCCCUCUUGGAGAGUCAGUGGUGCUGGAGCUUAGUGUACCCUGUGUGCUUUACAUCUACCUGCUCUUCCUGUUUUUCAGUAUGGCACGUAUGAGGGGAUUCAGAGGGACGUACUGUUUCCUAGUGCCGUACCUGGUCUGCUUCAUGUGGUGUGAGUUCUCUGUGGUUCUGCUCCGGAACUCAACCACCAUUGGUCUCAUUCGCACUUGUGUCGCCUACUUCCUCUUCCUGUUUGCAUUACCUGUCUUGGCUAUGGGUCUGGUCGCAAUGCUGUUGAUUCAGUUGGUUAAGUGGUUCCUGGAACUGGAGUUGACUAAAAUGCUGGUAACGCUAGCAGUGUGUGCUGUGCCAGUGACACUGCGGCUUUGGACUCGAUUCAGCCUCUCCAUUCUCAAAGUCUUUCGCUCCAUCACCCACAGAGGCCCGGUAAAACUGAUCCUUCUAUGCAUCACUACGUUGAUUUUACUCUGUGGAGUCUAUGUCUAUAAUGCUGAAGGUCUGAAAGUUUAUAACUCCACACUCACCUGGCCACAAUAUGGUACAUUAUGUGGCCCACAUGCCUGGCAGGAUCGUGGCAUGGCUCAAACACAGCUCCUCUGCAGCCAUUUGGAAGGCCAUCGUGUCACCUGGAAAGGAAUAUUUCGUCGUGUUCGCGUAGCUGAAACAGAAAACGGAGCUCAGUCUGUUAUAAGCAUGCUACCAGUGUUCAUGGGAGACUGGCUGCGAUGUCUCUAUGGUGAGGUUUACCCGAAGUGUGUACCACGGAAUAAUACAUCUCCAGUUGUAAAUGUAACGGAAGGUGACUCAGUGCUUGUCAACACCACCAUGCUGUUUCUUCAACAGGAAGAGGAAGAGCUCUGUCGAAUAAAAGCUUUUGCUAAACACCAAUGCCAUGUCAAACGCUUUGACAGUUACCGCUUUGAAGUGACGGUAGGCAUGCCUGAGGAUGGGGUCACGAAAAGUGACGAUCCAGCAGGUGACAUCAUCUUGAUGGCAAGUCAUGAGUUUAGACAGGUGCUCCUGAACCUCGACCCAGGCAGCAUGGUAGAAUUCAGCACGAAGCUGGAGGGGAAGUUGGGUGCCAGGCUACCUGCAUUUGAACUGAAAGCUAUACACUGCCUGGACUGCAGCUCAUUCCUGGUGCCUGAGGGACGACAGGUCAAGAUUGAGCGCAACUGGAGAAAGACCAUGCUUGAAGCAAUUCAAUUUGCAUUUGACUUCUUCUUUGCUCCCUUCCUCUAUGCUAGAAUCAAUGUAUAAUGGAGAAUGCAGAGAUCUGGGGCCUGAUGUAUAAACAUAUAAAAUUUCCCAGGAAGAAUCCUUCCCAUAAGGAUGUAUUAAAAAUGUACUUGCCGUAAAUAUGUUCGCACCAUCUGCACACUCUUGACCCUGUGUAUACAGUCUUUUACUGGUGUGUGCGAAUUUGCCACUCCAAAUGGCCAAGUAAUGAACUGAACAGACACAAAACUCCUCUUUUCAUCUACUACACACAUUUAGAAUAAAAAAAGUAUGGAGUUAAAGCUGAAGUUUGUAACUUUUUCAGUGUUAAAAUUAGGGCUGUCAAACGAUUCUUUUUUUUUUUUACUUGCAAUUAAUCACGUUUUCUUUUAGUUAAUCAUGAUUAAUCGCAGUAUCUCAUAAGUGGACAAAAUAUGCUUCAUUCAGAUGUAUUUAUUGUUUUUCAGUCAUUUACACACAACCCAACCUACCAACAGAGUUGGUACAACAGAAAAUGAACACAGCGCAAUUCAAAAUAUGUACUAUAUACAUGUAUUUAUACACUACCGGUCAAAAGUUUUGAAACACUUCCUCAUUCUUUAUUAUAAUUUUUUUUUCUUCACAUUUUAGAAUAAUAGUAAAGUCAUCAAAACUAUGGAAUAACAUAAAUGGAACUAUGGGAAUUAUGUUGUGACUAAACAAAAUCCAAAAUAAAUCAAAACUGUGUUAUAUUUUAGCAUCUUCAAAGUAGUCACCCUUUACCUAGAAUUUGCAGACGUGUACUCUUGACAUUUUCUCAACCAACUUCUUGAGGUAUCACCCUGGGAUGCUUUUUAAACAGUAUUGAAGGAGUUCCCAUCUAUGUUGGGCACUUAUUGGCUGCUUUUCUUUAUUAUUUGGUCCAAGUCAUCAAUUUCAAAAACGUUUUUUUUAUUUUUAUUUUUUUAAAUUACAUUUCAGUUUUAUAAUGAAAUAAAUUAAUAUAGUGGCACAAUUAUAUUUUUGUCUACAAAACUAAUUUCAAACAUUUAAACAUAUGCUUUCAGAUCAAAAGAUUUUUAAGAUCAUGAGAAACAUUUCAGUCAAGUGUUUCAAAACUUUUGACCGGUAGUGUAUAUAUAAACAGUAUAUAUAGUGGUAUGUGUAUUAUGACAGGACAUAUUUGCUUCUUUUUAUGGUGUUUUACCCGACAUAAUGUUUAGAGGAGCACAGUGGAAUUAAAUAGCUCUGGUCAUGUGAUUAUUUGCACCACUCAUUCUGAAAAAAUUCUGCACUGUCAUUUACAGUUGACAACUCUAUGUACAAUACAUCAACAACUCCUUUUAGACCCCUUUCACCCUGUUCGGUGGGAUUAAAUGGGCUAAUGUCAGCGUAGAUUACCUGCAGGGUUCCAGCAUCUUCUGAUGUUCUACAGUAUAGUGCACUAUCAAAUGCACUAUUAUGCAGAGACACUGUGACAGAACCUUGGAGACUGUACGCAGCAGGGUUUCCGUUAGCUGGAAAUGUCCGACAAAUUCAAAAAUUGUUUGCGCUGCCACCGAGGACUUUCCCCACAGUUUGCGAAGUUAAAAAGCAGCCUGUGUUAUUCCCGUCUCGUGUGCCAGUUUAAAAUUCUUCCUUUAGUGCAUCAUUUGAUUAACAGGUGAGUAGAUCCCGAAAUUCAUGCACAAAAUCAAAGGGAGAGUUAAUUCAUGAUAACAUGUAAACAAACAAUAUAAAAGAACAGCUCGCACCCAUUUGGGGUGACAACCAGAAGUGGACAAGCGAGACACAUCACCGUUAUAACUGGUCAUAUUAUGCUUCUUUUUUUGACCACUUGUGUUUGGAUUUCGCGGGAGAGACUCUGGUAUAAUCACACAUUAAUCAUUAGGCAUAUGUCAGUGUAUUAUUGCAUCAUAUAGCACAAAAAGUAAAAGAAGAAAAAGAAAGCGCUUAAAACGCGCACCGUUUCUCUUAAUUAUACUUGAAUUUAAUCUACGCACAAACAUGAUAUUACGAGCAGAAUUCAAAGCAAUUUAGUGUAAUACCCGAAUUAACAGAGCUUCAAAUGUGCUUGCUUAGAGAUGAGAUGAGCGUAUUUUUUCCAAUUUAUCCUGCAAACGUUAUCAUUCCUGGACACGUUGGCCAGCACUAAAACUGGUGCGCAGUGCAAAGCAGAUGUUCAAAUGUCGCUGCAAUUAUUUUAAGAGCACUAACUGUGUUUUUUGUGUGCUUGCUUCAUUCUAAAUGUUCCCCUGCUUUGCUACAUUGAUCUUCUACAAUGCUUGGCACAGGUCUCCCACCAUCCGAUUUCACGAUGGACAAUGCAUGGUUUAUUAAAAGGGUCAUAUAAGGAGGUGCGUUAUAAAAACUAGUGGAAUUAAAGGAAUAUUCAGGGUUGGGGAGUAACGGAAUACAUGUAAUGGGAAUUCGUAUUUAAAAUACAAAAUAUAAGUAACUGUAUUCCACUAGUUACAAUUUAAAUAAUUGGUAUUUAGAAUACAGUUACAUUCAAAAAGUAUUUUGAUUACUGAAGAGAUUACUUUGCAUUUUAUUGUCAUUUGUUUCAUUUAAUAUUUAGUCCUUUCAGAUGGAAAACAUUUAUACAUAUAAAUGAUGUGAUCCAAAGUGCAUUUGAACAGCGGUGAAACAUUUUCUUAUGAUGUGUUACAUUCAUACGAGCAGACAGAGAAUUUUGGAGCAGAAGAAAUAGAAAUAAACCUUGUGUAAAUUGUCAGCUUUACGCUAAGCUAAAAUGCAAUUUCUAGCCAUUUUACAGACACGUUACCAGGCACGAUCAUAUUUUUUUAUCAAGAAAAUUCAAGUUGGAUCUUAAUUUCUUUUUUCUAGUAAGACCUUUGAUAUUAGGGCAAAAAUUGUAUUCUUGAUAAUAAUUUUUGUAUUGUUUUCCUGUAAAAAUAUCAAACAAUCCUUAAAACAAGAUCAGUUUGAAUUAUCUUGUUUUAGAAACAACACUGCAUAAGAUAUUUAGUUUUUUCAGAGAAUGUAUUUUUAACGUGUAUUUUGUCUUACUGUACUGGCAGAGUUUUUAUAGUCAAAACAAGUGAAAAAAAUCUACCAGUGCUGAAGAAGUAAUCCAAAAUAUUUAAAAUACGUUACUGACCUUGAGUAAUCUAACGGAAUACAUUACAAAUUACAUUUUACAGCAUGUAUUCUGUAAUCUGUAGUGAAAUACAUUUAAAAAGUAACCCUCCCAACCCUGGGAAUAUUGCGUUAACAGGUUAUUAACACGUUAACUUAGACAGCUCUAGUUAAAAUACUUUCUUCUAUCCCAGCUUAAUAUGCAGAGACAACUAUGAGUAAGCCAUUCAGAGGUUAAUUUUCUCAAAAACUGUAUAACACUGUGUCUCUCUGGUGUUAUAAAAAUUCCUGUUUUUGUUCUGAGCAACCUGCUUAGACCCCACCCAAAAACAUUACUCUACCAAUGGUGUGAGUUAGGGGCGGGACUAUUUGACUUUAAACAACAGCAGACAAAGGAGGUAUUCAGAAAGCUGUUUUGAAAACAUUGUUUAUUUGUGCAAUUCCAUUAAGUAGCGCUAGUGUGGCGAUAUAUUAUAUUAAUUUUAUGCAACUAAUUGAAAAGGCAGUUUGUAAAAAAGGAAAUAUUGUUAAUGGAUCCUGUUGGAAAAAAAUAGGGAAGACUUUCCCCAUGGUGUUAUGGGGAAGCAUGCUUUUAAUGACAGAGGCCAUGUGCUUGAAAUUACAUUCUAUGACAAAAAUCAAGACAUUUGAAUAAAGAUAAAACUGUGAUGCGCAUUUGACUGUCGUGGAAUGGUGAAAUAGAUGGUACAAUACUAGACACUGCUGGUCAAAUUCAGUAGUCAAACAGACCAUUUUAAAGACUGGCAGUCAGCUGUUUGAUAGGUUUUAUCAGAAAUGGUACUGUAUCGCCACACACAGCACUGCACAACAUUGCACAUAAAAUGUGCAGCCUGCCCAACUUCAUGCCAACCUGAAUUGCAAUGAUAAUUUUUGUGCCAUGUAUACAUUUACACUGCAGACAUAAAUUUUCUUAUAUUCUAUAUAUUACUUUUAAAUAGCUAUGCUAAAUGUGAUAAUAGCUAGUUUUUGAUGUUUUAAAAAAGGUAAUUUUAGUGUGUCACAGAGGUUUUGAUAUUAAAAAAUGUUGUUCUGUGCAAAUGUAAGUUAGGGUUGUGUUUGAUAUUUUUAGGUACGUUUUUUCUUUUUUUUAGCCAGACCUUUGCAAACCAAAAUGAUACCCACAAAAUUAUGGCUAUGACCCAUGUGCGAUGGAUUAUUAUUUACAGUACAUGUGUAUAUGUUGUGUGCUUUAUUGACUUUUGACUGACAUCACAUUUAGUCAUGGAUUACAGAAUGCAUUGAAUAUUUAUGUAUGGAGUGUUUGUGUAAAGAUAAUCUUAUAAAUUAAGCUUUUGCUGGAAUUAUUUUGAUGGUAUACAGAUAUUAGUCUACAUCAUUCAAUAGUCUAAUUUACAUACACCAACACAGUCAUAUUACUCCUUUUUGUUGUUUCUAUGUGUGAUACGGAAAAACCUGACAUGGAAAAAUUUCCACACAGAUGUUUUCCUGAAAAUCCUCUCUGAUAGUGGGUGUAAAACCUGUUUACAGUAUUUUACAGUGUACUUAGUCCCAUGCUGAUCUCUGGGAUUCAGCUAUUUUUAUCUGGGAUUCUCUCUAUUUUUGUGAAAUUGUUAAAAAUAAUUAAAGUGCCUUCAACGUUCACAAUCUGUAAGGUCAAAGGCUGGAUUUCUGCAUGUAGUUAUUGUAAUCAUGUGUGGUGUGUGUGCAUGUGUAUUAGUGACAGACAGAUAGAAAGAGUGAGAAACAACACUAUAAAAAUCAAUUCUGACACUGAAAACAUUAUAAUCUAAAGAAGAACAUAAUCAGCGGUAUACAGAGGUCAUAUAAUCAUAUUCCUCCAUUUGCUCUUUUAUUUUUUCAUUAAGUGUCAAUAGAAUAUGUCUAGGCAUCAUAGAUAUACACAUUAGUAACACUGGAUAGUGAUAAACAUGCUUUUCUGUGUGUAUACUUGCAUGUAUAGGCCUAUAUAUGUGAAUGUGUGUUUGUGUGUGUGUGUGUGUGUGUGUGUGUGUGUGUGUGUGUGUGUGUGUGAGAGAGAGAGAGAGAG